AUCAACCUCUUUCCUUCAUCUUCUUCAUUUCCCUUUAGUUUUCUCUACAUAUUCUUCAUCGUCUUUCAUCUUACACAUAUAUAUACAGAAAAAUCCCAGAUUUUCUUAGCAAAAUCAAUCUUUUGAUGCCUGUUAAGAUCCUGAUGCUCGAGACUCAUGUCUCCAAUACUCAGUGAAAUCCUCCUUUGUGGUUUUAUGACAAACUCCACUCUCAGGCGCAGGACCCAUCUUGUUCAAUCUUUUUCCGUUGUUUUCCUUUACUGGUUCUAUGUGUUUUCAUAAAUAAUCAGCUACCUCUCUUAACCAUUUUUCAUAAAUAAUCAUUUUUUCUUUUUGUUUUGUUAUAAUUGUUAUUGGUAUGGCUACGUCAAAAACGGGAUCAUCUUCCUCCUCAACUCCACUGAGAAGCUCUUGCUCCGACGAGGAUUUUCAGCAGAUUUUAAACGAAAGAAAGCGCAAAAGAAAGGUGUCCAACAGGGAAGCCGCUCGCCGGUCUCGGGUGCGUAAACAAAAGCACCUCGAUGAUCUGAUGGGCCAAGUUUCUCAGCUCACAAAUGAAAACCACCGGAUCCUUACGAGCAUCAACAUAGCCGCUGAACUUUACUUGAACAUGGAGGCUGAGAACUCGGUUCUUAGAGCUCAGAUGGCUGAGCUCAGUGCUAGGCUUCAAUCUCUCAAUGAAAUCGUCGGUUUCAUAGACUCAGGCGACGGGGUUUUCGGAUAUGAUCACCAUCAUCAUCGGGUUGAUGAUGAUACCUUCAUGAAUAUUAAUCAAUGGAGUUGUUUCUCUGUGAAUCACCAGCCCAUUAUUGCAGCUGCUGAUAUGAUCAUGUACUGAUUUAAUCGUUUCUGUGUUGUUAUUACUUGUUUUGUGGUUGUUUUCAUGCUC